CCUUCUGACUGUGGCACAUGUAACCGGUUUACUGCUUAAUUCAUUCUUUUACUUUGUCUUCAAAUCCUACCAUAGUUACAAGAAAAACAAUGCUGCUUCCUUUUAGAAAAGUAUUGCUUGCCGGGAUACGGAGACAUAACUGUCGUCUCUUUUCCGCCUCUCAAAACAAUUGGAAUGCCAAAAAAGGUUUGGUCCUUGGUGUUUAUGAAAAAGAAAAAGACGAUGACAACUUACGUUGGACGGAAGCCGCAGCGGCGUUUGACAGAUCUGUGUCGGGGAAACUCAGUGAGAUGCUGUCAAUAUCUGGGCCACCUUUAAAAAAAGGAAAAAGCAGAAUAUUUUACGGACUUCAUCAGGAUUUUCAGAGUGUGGUGGUAGUUGGUCUGGGUAAACGUGGACUGGGUGUGUGUGGUAAAGAAAACUGGGACAGCUGUAAAGAGAACCUGAGAGCGGCCGUGUCCACUGGCUGCAGGAAUCUGCAGGACCUGGAGCUAGAGGUGGUGGAGGUUGACCCCUGCGGUGACGGCCAGGCGGCAGCAGAGGGCGCUGUGUUGGGUCUGUUUGAAUAUGAUGAGCUGAAGAGCAAGAAAAAGACUAAAGUUACGCCUAAGCUCCACGGCAGCUCUGACUUGGCGGCUUGGGAGAAAGGCGUGUUGUAUGCGGAAGGGCAGAACCUGGCCAGAAGAUUGAUGGAAGCUCCAGCCAAUCACGUGACACCCACUGUUUUUGCUGACACCAUUGAACAGAGUCUUGCGCCUUACUCAGACAGAAUGACUGUCCAUAAGAGACCUCAGUCCUGGAUAGAGAGCCAGAACAUGGGAGCGUUUCUUAGUGUUUCUAAAGGCUCAGAGGAGCCCCCUGUCUUCCUGGAGCUGCAUUACAAUGGCAGUGCUGAUUCUAACCAAGCCCCCCUGCUGUUGGUGGGCAAAGGGAUCACCUUUGACAGUGGUGGAAUCUCCCUUAAGCCCUCAUCAGGAAUGGAUGCUAUGAGGGCAGACAUGGGCGGGGCUGCCACCGUGUGUUCCGCCAUCGUCACGGCAGCAGCUCUUAAACUGCCAGUCAACAUCAUAGGUUUGGCUCCUCUGUGUGAGAACAUGCCCAGCGGGAAAGCCAACAAACCCGGAGACGUGGUCCGAGCCAGGAACGGGAAAACCAUCCAGGUGGAUAACACAGACGCAGAGGGGAGGCUCAUUCUAGCCGACGCCCUGUGUUACGCUCACACUUUUAACCCCAGAGCCAUUGUUAACGCGGCCACACUCACAGGUGCUAUGGAUGUGGCUUUAGGCUCUGCUGCUGCAGGAGUGUUCACUAACUCAGACUGGCUGUGGGAGAAACUGCAUGAGGCGAGCGUUGUCACGGGCGACAGGGUGUGGAGAAUGCCACUGUUCCAGCACUACACUAAACAGGUCACAGAGUGCGCACUGGCCGACCUCAACAACAUCGGCAAAUACAGCCGUUCGGGCGGAGCCUGCACCGCCGCCGCUUUCCUGAAGGAGUUUGUGACGGCCGCUCACUGGGCUCAUUUGGAUAUCGCCGGAGUGAUGUCCAAUAAGGACGAGGUUCCGUACCUACGGAAGGGAAUGUCCGGCCGGCCCACCCGCACGCUGGUGGAGUUCGCUGCCGGCCUGGCCUCUGGCAACUAGAGGUCACCCAUCAGUGACCUUUGACCUUAGAUAACAUUAAGUUUCAGGGUGGCUAGAAUUCUGGAUUGCAGGUAUUCAGAUUUUUUCUUACACACAGGAAGUCGGACCUGUGCUAAAAAGAUCCAAAAGCAGCGCUUUUUCGGCUACGCUUGUAGCUGUUCUCUAGCAACAAAUGACAUGACGUUCUCUGAAAGACCCACAGAAUACGGUUCACGCAACCAGCCAGUCAACAGGACCAGCGUUUUUAUUAAUCAAACCAUUCUCUCUCAUCAUACUGGUUUCUGUCUGUGUGCUGGUGAACACUUUAAAUCUACUCCCCCCCCCCCCCCCCCCCC